CUAGUUGAAGGUCAUGUGAAGUUUUUUUGUUUGUAAUUUGACUGUUUAUCUGUUGUUAAUAUUUAAAUUAUUGGUGGCAAAGACUAUUUAUUGAUCACUGUUAAUUACUCUGGAAUCACAUGUGAUACAAAACACUAGAGAUUGUACAUUCUCAGAAGCGAAAUGUUGCAAAUCGUCUUAAUAUUCACAGCAGUAGUUCUCUUCUACUACUUUGCCAUUAAGCCUAUGAGCUACUGGAAAGACAGAGGAGUAGUACAGUCAAAACCAGUAUGGUUUUUUGGAGAUCAAUGGAAACAAAUAUUGAGACUAGAAAAUAUCUAUGAGUUUUUCGAGAGAGGCUACCAGUUGACAGAUGGAAGAUAUGCCGGAAUGUAUCAAUUUGUAGUACCAACUUUAUUAAUUAAAGACCCAGCACUUUUGAAGCAAGUAGCCGUAAAAGAUUUUGAUCAUUUUGUUAAUCACAGACCGUUAAUUCCAGAAGGAGCUGAUUCCUUGUGGUCUAAAAAUCUCUUUGCUCUCACAGAUCAAAAAUGGAGAGACAUGAGACCUGUUCUAAGUCCAUCUUUCACCAGUAGUAAAAUGAAGAUGAUGUACCAGCUCAUGGCUGAUUGCGCUCAAAAUUUGGUAGAACACUUCUCAAAAAUGAACGAAGACGUCGUAGAGGUUCCAUUCAAGGACGUAUCUACUCGUUUCGCUAACGAUAUUAUCGCAACGACUGCUUUUGGACUACAUACAGAUUCUUUAAAGAAUAAAGACAAUGAGUUUUAUUUAAUGGGCAAAGAAAUUACAGAUUUUACUACUGUUGGUUCGAUUUCAAGAAUUUUAGGGUUUUUGUUAAUGCCGAAGAUACUUAAGUUUUUCAACGUUAAACUGUUCAAUGGUCCAUCGCGAAACUUUUUCAUUAAUCUUAUAGACAAAACUCUAAAAACAAGAGAAGAACAGCAUAUUGUACGACCCGAUAUGAUCCAUUUGUUACUUGAAGCUAAAAAAGGAAACCAUCACAAAGAUGAUCAUAAUGUAAUGGAUACAGGAUUUGCUACUGUUAAAGAAGAACUUUUGGGAAAACCGCCUGCAGUUGUGAAUGAAAUAACUAACGAAGACAUUACAGCACAAGCACUUAUCUUUUUCUUCGCUGGUUUCGAUUCAGUAUCCAGUUUGAUGUCGUUUAUGUCCUACGAACUGGCUAUAAAUCCAGACGUCCAGACCAGACUAAGAGAAGAAAUUGAUGAAGGUUUCCAAGAGUGUAAUGGGAAAUUAACCUACGAGACACUUAUGAAGAUGAAGUAUUUGGAUAUGGUUACUUGUGAAUCUUUAAGAAAAUGGCCAAAUUUCGCAGGAGUAGACAGAGUUUGCAACAAGGAAUACGUAAUAGAACCAGAAAAUCCAAACGAAACUCGCCUGGUAAUAGAAAAAGGUACAAUAUUAGUAUUUCCUAUAAUGUCGAUUCAACGUGACCCCAAAUACUACCCGAAUCCAGACAAAUUCGACCCUGAAAGGUUCAGCGACGAAAAUAAGGAUACCAUCGAUCCCUACACAUUUCUGCCCUUCGGAUUAGGGCCCAGGAAUUGUAUAGGUUCCAGGUUUGCUAUGCUUGAAACUAAAGCAUUGUUCGCUUAUUUAUUACACAACUUUGAAAUAGUUCCAACGAAAAAUUCAACUAUACCGGUUGUGUUGUCCAAGAAAAACUUCAACCUUGCUGCUGUAGACGGUAUGAUAUUAGGACUUAAAAAAAUUAAAAAAUGAUAAAAUUGUAGAAUGUAAUAUUUUUGUGACAAAGUUUCUGUUAGGGAAUAGUUUUACUUAUUUUUUAUUUUUAAUAAAGAUAAUUUUAU